AUGCCCCCCUCCAACCGUAUGAAGACCCAGGACCCGGAAGCGAUGAAAGACUACAGACGUAUGCUGUAUCGGCUAGAUUUGGCUACCUCAUUUAGCUCGUUUGAAGAGCUCUUUCAUCAUUUUAUGAAGGAAACCCUCUUCGACGGGUUUAUCGAAAUUCGUGUCUAUAGCGUGGCCUCCAGUCCAAACUCUCCUACCAGGGCCUUCCCUACACCCAGCACUCGGCUCUCUUUUAUUCGUGAUUCCUUGACUGGCGACAUUAUUGCGGAUAGGCUCUUCAAACCUGCGCCACGUCUGCUUGAGAAAGACCUUGAUAACCUUUAUAGGCAACAGUAUCGGGUGGCUAAAAGAUAUCCGGAAAGGCCUCUACUAUUGAAUGUCUUCCGUCCUAUUGUCGAGCCAUUGCUCAAUGGCAAUAAAUCGACCUUGAUAUUCGAGUACCGAGCCUUCCUGGAACCAGCAAAUCCCUCCUCGCUUGAUGAGUUUGAGAUUGUCACUCGUCAAGUACCACACAAGUUGAUGGUAGGAUACAUUGGUCGAUCCGAACAGGGCCCAUUGGCUGUGUAUCAACUAGACGAGAACAUAGCACGCACCGCUUUUCUGGACAUGAACCCAAUGUCAUUUCAGCCCAGUCACCCGGAUGGCGACUUGGGCCGUGAAUGCGUAAUUGCUUAA